AUGCCGUGCCGUGCCGGCCUGCCAGGUCUGCUGCAGACGGAAGAACGAAGUCCCCUCCCAAAACCCUUGCUUGCUAUUCCAUACGCCACAAGAGCCAUGAGCGCCGCCAGCUCGGACUCCGCUGAAAUCGCCACUGCCUCCAAACGCCCGUUCGAUCCCUACCUUGCCGACCCGUCGCCGCCUUCCAAACUCCAGCGGUUCUCCCAGUCAAACAUCUCGCCGGCGGACGCAGACAGCGGCGGAGAGGCGGGCGCCGAAAGCGAGGCGAUGGCCGGCGCGCGGCUCUCCCGGACGCAGCGAUACCUGGUCGCCGUGGAGUACGAUGGCACCCGCUUCUCUGGUUCCCAGCAGCAGCCGAACCAGCGCACCGUCGUAGGCGUCCUCAAGGAGGCAUUUCACAAAUUCAUUGGGCAGCCAGUCUCAAUCUUCUGUUCUAGUCGAACGGAUGCAGGUGUUCAUGCUUUGUCAAAUGUUUGUCAUGUUGAUGUGGAGCGCAUAAGUAAAAGGAAGCCUGGUGAAGUGUUGCCACCUCAUGACCCUGAAGUUGUAAAAUGCGCGGUGAACCAUUUUUUACAUAAGAAUGAAGGUGACAUAAUGGUGACUGAUGUUCGUUGUGUUGCACCAGAUUUCCAUGCUAGAUACAAAGCUCUAGAGCGCACAUAUCACUAUCGUUUACUUUCUGGGCCUGAGCGACCGUCAAUCUUUGAGAAAAACUCGGCUUGGCACAUACCUGAGGAUCUAAAUAUACAAGCUAUGAAGAAAGCAUGCAAUAUACUUGUUGGGCAUCAUGAUUUCAGUUCAUUUCGAGCAUUUGGAUGUCAGGCAAAAUCUCCAGUGAGAACUUUGGAUGAGCUUACUGUUACAGAAGUAUUUCCUGUCAUGUUUUUUCCUUCAAGCUUAGAGCGAUCAGAGAUGGAAUCACCAGAUGGGUCUCUUGUUUAUUCAAGGGCAUCACUCAUGGGAUCUUCUGGAGAAGGAUCUGAUGUUUCUAGUACUACUAGUGGGAAAUCAGUAUGCGAGAAUGGGCAAGAGUUUGGAAAGAGAUUAAGGCACCGCUGCUUUGUUGUUACUGCAAGGGCACAGUCUUUCCUUUACCACCAGGUAAGAUUGAUGGUCGGUCUUCUGAAAGCUGUUGGAAUAGGAGAUCUAACAACUGCUGAUGUGGAGAGAAUUCUGGAUGCAAAGACAAUGACUGCUGCACCUCCUAUGGCACCUGCUUACGGGCUUUACCUUGACAACGUGAAAUAUGACCCGACUGUUUAA